GUUUUAGAUCAGGAGCCUUAUGGAUUUUCAUUCUCCAUGAACUAUACAUUAUUUUUGUUGUUAUGGUUCCCAUUGACAAUUUACGCAGAAGAUCUCACCCGUUCCCAGAAGUGUUUAUUCCGCUGCACUGCUGCCUGCAUAGGCGAACAAAAGAACAAUACUGUGCCACAAUGCUUAGCAGAGUGCAAACCCUACGAUGACCCACAGCUUUGUGAUGCAACAGACGGAAACUGUUGGGACAAAUGCCACAAUCUCACCACCGCGACUUCUCUUGAAGCUGUCAGUGGGCUUGAGUUGAAGCAAAAGAAUCUGACAACAGUCCUUGUUUUCCACCCCGUUGAAGAAGCCACAUGUUACAUAGUUCAGUACAAAUCAUCGAGAGAAGCUAAUUUCUCUUCUCUCUAUGCGAUCUCACUACAGCCUCUUGUAACAAAUGAUCUGAGACCUGAGUCCAUCUUUUGUGAUCCUGUUGAAAUCCGUGUGGCAGCCGUAUCUCCGUCUGGAUGUGGGCCUUUUUCCGAGCCUUUUUCGAUUGCUGCACCAAAACCGCUUUUUAGUCCCAAGUUAGAGUUGUCAUCAUUGGUUUACUUGAACACCCCUUUGAACAGCGACUCAUAUUCUGCUAAUGGCACAGUCGAAGUGACUUUCAAAUAUGUGGUAGGAGCUUGGCCUCUGGGCCUUCGAGAUCUUGAUGUGACUCCAUUGUUCCACAUGAUCAAAUGCGAGAUUCCGGAUUUGACCACAAGCGUGCCUCUGCCUAGCUUUACGCAAGGUUCGCUUCCCGGUACGGUGGUGGGACGGUUAGGAUCUGACAUGAUGUAUCGUAAAUGCCAAUUUCUCUACUAUGCACAAAAAGUUCUGAGUCGCAAGUGUCAAACAUGGACGGAACUCCGUUCUCCUCCACAUGACACUAUGCAGCAACUCGCCAUAAAUUGUGAUAACGUGAAGAACAAUCCAUGCGUGCAUGUAGACGUAUUUCCAGCUCCACUCUGCGGCCAGAUUAAUAGUAUUCACCAGAAGGUGACGAAGAAGUACUUGGAACCUGGUGAGAAAGAAACGAGUCUAACGCUUAACAUCACAUUCGAUCCAAUUGUGCGAAAGAACGAGGCGCCAACGAUUUAUUACAAAGCGUUCUAUGGAGAAGCGUUGCCAUACCCUAGGAUAGAAGAGGAGGCCAUCGCUGGGGUCAACAUGACGCGUAUCAUUGGGAAUACUACCAACUGCUUAAAGUUCGACCAACAUGGGUAUUGCCAGGAAAGCACAAACAACAGCGUUUCGAUUUCUGGCAUUCACUUUGACAAAAUUUACGGCAUCACAUUCUGUGCUGUGAAGGACCCUAGAAAUCUAACCAUUCCUGAUCUCACUGAAAGCAGCAGAGCCUUCAGACCCCGAGCGAAUAAAAUAUACAUUAGCUCCAAAGAUACGUCAAGCAAAGUCGGAAUGAUCAUUGGCAUAGUUGUCGGAGCCUUGACUUUGCUGGUAGUGGGCAUCAUCGCUGUAUGUUGCUACAUCAAUAGGAGGCAGAAACAAGAGAACAAGUUGUACCAGCUGAAGUUAGCACAACUGGAGAAAGAAAAGGAAACUCGCUAUGUUGACCUUCCAAAGAAGCAUGACAUUUGGGAGAUUGAACGUCGUAAUCUGAUAAUUUUCGACGAAACAAGGCUUGGUUCUGGUGCCUUUGGUGCUGUCUACUUGGGAAAACUCCUCGGGAAAUCUUUAGCAAAUAAAGAUGCCACAUCACCACUAGGUGUCAAUCUGAUGAGGGCUGAAAACUGUCAGGUCGCUGUCAAAAUGUUGCCGGAAUACGCCGAUGAUUCGUCGCGAGGCGAAUUUUUGAGGGAAAUUGGACUGAUGAAGACGCUUGGAUACCAUGAAAGGCUAGUUAACAUGCUGGCAUGUAUUACUGAAUCUGAACCACUGUGUCUCGUAGUGGAAUUCUGCAGCGAUGGAGAUUUGCUGCAUUUUUUGCGAGAGCGAUGCAAGUACAUGAUGGAUCUUGACGCAGCAGGAAUCAAUUAUCAUGAUCCUCCCAUAGACGGCAACUACAAUAUCGACAUGGUUGUAACCUUGAAGCAGUUGCUCAUGUUUGCUGUUCAGAUUUGCUAUGGACUUGAAUAUCUCUCAUCCAAAGGUUUUGUGCAUCGUGACGUAGCCGCCAGAAACGUACUUGUCAACGGGAAAAACUCUUGCAAAAUAGGCGAUUUCGGACUUUGCCGCAAUUUGUACUCGGAUAGUUCACUCUAUAAGAGCAAGGGUGGCCGCCUACCGUUGAAAUGGAUGUCACCAGAGGCUAUACGGCAUUAUGAAUUUUCUGCACAGAGCGAUGUGUGGGCGUUUGGAGUGCUACUCUUCGAGAUCAUCACUCUAGGUGGCUCUCCUUACCCUCUCACUCCUCCUGAGGAUAUGCUUCAAUAUCUUGAAAGUGGUGGGCGAAUGGAGCGACCAGAUAACUGUCCGGAGGAUUUUUAUGAAGUGAUGGUUGAGUGCUGGAAACUCGAUCCUGAAGAGCGCCCAAACUUCUUGACAAUCCGCCAGAAGUUGGCUAGUCAACUUGAGGAGAUCACUGAGGAGUACAGUUAUCUGAAAUUGGAUGCUCAAAAGGAUUACUACAAUAUGCAAUAUAAUGAUCAAAAGCUGGAUGUGAUGGUUAUUCCCGAGACUGAGACUAUUAUAACAUCAAUGGCGCAGAAACUCUCCAAAACAUUAUCUGUCGACAGUCUGCCGAUAGACGACAUCACUACAUGGAGUGAUGACGCACAUGCUCGUGCAGAUGGUGCCAACAGGGAAGAAGACUCAGGUGCUAUCAGCCUUACAAAGGGUGUGGACAAUGCUACUUUCGAGGAGGAGUCGUUUUAGAAGUUUAUAUGUUGCUUGGUAGAUUUAUUGCUCAAGUAUUAUAAUUUAGAUUGUUUGACUCGUAGAUAAGCGGCGACCUUGUUGAUGAUUUUUAAAUUUGCUUGUGUGUCUGAAACUCAGCUAUAGGCUGUAUCAGCCAGCAUCGGUCCCGCGCCGGUAUGGCUUGCGACGACGCACCGUCGCACGCGACGAGCCUUAACGCGUAGCAGAGUUCGCACGCGUCACACCGC